AUGUCUCAUAACCAGUACCAACAGUCAUAUACUGAGCGGCUGGACAAUGGUGCCAAUACAGCAAUUAAUGGCAACGAAUUGAGUGAAAACUUACAUGCAUUAAAUUUGGAUCAACCACAAUCAUUAAGUGCACAACAACAACAACAACAUUCUUCCAAAAAGAAGUCAAGGCGUCCUGUAAGAGCUUUUCAUACCGAGUUCAAUAGUCCAAUCCCGACAACUAGCUCUACUCCUGCUUUUCCGUCAUCACCUAUUGUUGCAGGAUAUCCUCAAAACUAUGCUUCAGUUUAUGGCUCGCCCGUAGUGAAUUCAACUGGCCAGUUUCAACAAUCUCCUCUUGUGUCACAAGCACAAGAUCACCACCAUCUGCAAUUUGCAACAGCUUCUAAUUCAACUGAACUUGACCAAACAGUUUUACAGGAUUCUAGGAAUUUCCAUCAAAAUCACGACUUAUCUUUGCAAGAACAUAGACUCGAUUCACAACGAGAAUACAACACUCCUGAUGCUCAGGGAACCUAUAAGUCAUUUCAAACAUUUACAGAUACAGUGCCUCCUGAGGCAGGAACACAAUUCCAUGCAAUAGAUCAAGGGAACGCCCUGUCUAAAUUCAUGAGAUCAACAAUGUAUUAUGUCCCCGAGUCAGAACAAUUAAGACUGGCAACAAAAUUACCAAUGUCGAUUACUGUAAGACCAUUUGCCCCCUUAUUACUGACAGAAGAAAAAGUUCAAACCGUCGACUUUAGUAUGAAUGAUCCAAACAAUACCCCAGAAGAUCCAUUAAGCAUUGGCCCUAUCAGAUGUCAUCGUUGUCGGGCUUACGUCAACCCUUCCAUGCAAUUCACACAUAAUCAAAGGUUUGUUUGUAAUAUAUGUCAGUUUGCUAAUAAUGUUGUUCCUUCAGAAUACGCUUCGAUUUUGGAUGGGCGUGGGUAUAGAGUCGAUAAAUUUGUUCGACCAGAAUUGCAUAAAGGGGUGUAUGAUAUUGUGGUGCCUAAAGAGUAUAACUUUGGCGGACCAGAAAAGGAUUCAAACCCAUUACAUAUUGUUUAUUUGAUUGAUAUUACUGAAAACAGCAUGAAGCAGAACUUGCCUAUUUUGAUUACAGAUGCUAUCCGUGCUACUUUAUUUAGCUACAAUAACUCUAGUGAAGAUGCUACCAAUGGAUGCAAUCAUGAUCGGUCAUACAAGACAAAAGUGGCUAUUAUAGCAUUUGAUAAACGAAUUCAUUUCUUUAACUUGUCUUCAUCAUUGGAAACAACUCAGAUUUCUGUAUCUCCCGAUUUGGAAGACCCCUUUGUUCCAUUCAGUGAAGGGUUGUUUGUGGACCCUGAAGAGAGUAGAUUUGUCAUCGAAGAUGCAUUGAACUAUAUUGAGAACUUGGCUUCACAGGAUAGAGUUUCUGAUUCGGAACCAUGUUUUUCUGCUGCUUGUCGUACAGCAAGUAUGUGUUUAGAUUUGUUUGGCGGUGGGAAAAUUAUUUCGUUAUUAAGUAAUUUGCCAUCUUGGGGGCCUGGCGGGUUGAAAUAUAAAGAUAACAAAACUAUUGGGAGAACAGCUGCUCCUGAAGUUGAGAAAAAAUUGUUCUCGGCUGAUAACGAAUAUUACAAACUCUUGGCAAGAGAAUUUAUUGAAAAAAGUGUUGGUCUUGAUGUUCAUGUGGUGUCACAUACACCUGUCGAUCUUUCUAAUGUUGGCUGGUUAGCGUCUGUCACAGGUGGAGAAAUCACUCGUUGGGCCAAUUUUGAUUUUGAAAGAGAUGGUAGAGCCUUGACUGCCAAGAUCUAUAAUUCUGUGAAAAACAUCAGUGGUUAUCAAGGUCAAUUGAAAUUGCGGUGUUCUAACGGAUUGCAAGUUACACAAUACUAUGGGACUUCGUCAUCUAUUAGUGACACUAGUAUAGUUGGAAAUAUUCAAGACCCUGUAAUCCCGGUAUUAAGCGAGGACCUGACAUUUACGAUUUUGCUUGAAUAUGACGGAAAAUUAAGUCCUAAAUUGGAUUGUCAUUUUCAGGCUGCCCUUUUGUACACUGAUCCAAACGGUGUAAGAAAAGUAAGAGUGAUAAACUUGGUACUAGCUGUGAGCAAGAGUUUAGAAGAUGUAUUCCAUUUUACUGAUGAAAAUGCAGUUGUGACAACAAUUGUGAGAGAUACACUAUCUUUUGUUGGUCAACAAUCAUUGCUUGAAUUACGUGAAUCGAUCAACAACAAAUUGGUAGAUAUUUUUACUCAUUAUCGUGCGAUGAAUGAGUUUGGGCAUAAUCGUGCCAAAACUUUAUCAAAUAAAAUGUUGUUCCCUGAUUCUUUGAAGCAUUUGCCAUUGUACAUGUUGUCGUUCCUUAAAAGCACAGUAAUGCGUGCGUCUGCCGGUUUAACUGCAGAUGCUCGAAUGGCAGACAUGUAUCAAAUGUUAACAAUGCCUAUCGAAAGAUUGAUGUAUCAUCUAUAUCCAGCAUUGGUAGAGUUGCAUUCUUUGCAGCCAGAAGAUGGUAUUCUUGAUGAGACUACUGGAUUUGCAAAAUUACCAUUGUACAAGGAUUUGACUAUUAGAAAUUUGGAUCGUGGUAUUUACAUUCUUUGUAAUGGUGAGCGUGUUUAUCUUUGGAUUGAUCCUGACACGAAUCCAAUGCUUUUGAAAGAUUUAUUUGGAAGUGAUGUUGAUGAUAUUAAGAACAUAAACCCAAUGAUGGAUGAGUUGCCAGAAUUGUCUACUGAAAUCUCUCAGCAAACUCGUUGCGUUGUUAAAUACUUUCAGCAACAGAUUAAUGGGGUUUCUUAUCCAAACUAUACUGGUGUUUACAUAAUUCGCAAAACCAUUGAUCCCGCUGAAUUUUUAUUCAAAGAGUUGUUGAUGGAGGACGAGCUAGGAAAUGCUGUAAAGACUGUCAACGGGCCAAGUUUCGCUGAAUAUUUAACAAGUCUACAUAAGGCUAUUCGUGUCAAAAUAGAUAGUGAUAAGUCGUCGCAAAGCAUUAGACAAUUGGUUUCAAAUGUCGAACAUGGCAAUGAAACCUUAGCGCAAAGAUAUAUACACUUUUAA